GUUAGAAUUCGCCGGUUUAUUAAGUUAAAAAAAAAAAAAUACUAUAACGUGAUAAUUAAGAAAUCUCAUCUAUAUUUCUUUUCUUAAAUAAAUUAUUUGCAAAUAUUCAAUGUAAUAGUGUAAAAGAGAAAGGUUAUAAUAAUAAUAAUUUCGAAUUACAUACAUAUUAACUAAUAUGAAAUGUCCCAGUAUAUUUUCGGAUUUUGGAUCAACUUGUUGAAAAGAAAAACUAUUGCGGAAAUUUAAAAUAUAAUUAUUGUAUUUAUCAAUUAUAUUUUAUAGAAUAAACAAUUAAAUUUAAUAAUAAUUAUAAUAUUAAAGGGGUUUAAUUACUAAAUCAGAAUGGGUCGAGAUAGGCUUCCAGAUCUUUUGAAGUAUAAAUCAAAUCUAAAUAUGGGAGAAGAUGAAGUAAUUAUAAUAAAUUUAGAUUUUACACCUAGAGAAUUACAACGAAUGAGAAAUAUUGAGGAUUCCUUACAACAGUAUUCUGACAUAAGACUUAAAUUAAAACAACUUGAAUCGAAUUUAGAUGAAAUGAUUCGAAUGACACAACAAACAAAUUUACCACAUUUUAAUGAGAAUGAAUUGGAUACAUUGAGAAAUAAAAAUUUAAGUUUGGGUCAAAAAUUAAUGACAACAUUUAAUACUUUAAAAAUAAACUUGCCAGAUGAUAAGAAUUUUACAUUGGAAUCAAGAAUAAAACGUGGUUUAUUUUAUGGACUUCAAAAAUAUUAUAAUAUAAUAUGGCAUAAAAAUGAGAAUUUUUUAACAAAUUAUGAAACAAAAUUAAAAAAACAAUUAUUACAUAAUGCAAAAAUAAUCAGUUGGAAUAUUACUGAAGAAGAAGUUGAAGAUCUUUUAGCUACCAACAAUACAAAUAUUUUCGUAGACAAUAUUCUAUUAGAUACUGAAAAUGAAAGAAGAAAACUUAAAGAUUUAAUGGAUAGGCAUUCAGAAUUAAUAAAACUUGAAAAAUCAAUACAAGAUGUUCAUGCACUUUUUAUAAGAAUACAAAAUUUAGUUGCAGAGCAAAGUGAUUUAAUUAAUGUGAUAGAACGUAAUGCAACACAAGCAAGUGAAGAUGUUAAAAGUGGUGAGGAAAAAUUAGAUGAUGCUCGACAAAUUCAAAGAAAAGUUGUUAAAAAAAAAAUCUGGUUAUACGCUUUCGGUGUCGUUUUAUUAAUUAUUGUACUACUAUUUAUAUUUUUAUAGAAAUAAAAAAAUUUUUAUUAAUUAUAAAUUUCGAUAAACAAUUUAAUUCCGAUAAUCGGCUAUUUAGAACAAAUUUUUAUACUAAAUUCAAUUAAUGCCAAAAUGUUUAUUUUAAAAAUUAAGUUAUUA